AUGAUUUUACCGGCGAUGGCGAAAAUACGGCUUUCUUUUAUAUUUUAUCUUUACAUAAUAGUAAAAUGUGAAAGCAUUAACGUAGACACUAUAUCUAGUGAUAUACGAUUCAAAAAUGUCGACCGAACAAUAGAUAUAUCUUCACAACUGGUAAAAAUUACAAGUAGAAUAACCUUGGAAAACAUUGGAGGUACGCCGGCAAAGAAUUUCUUAUUAGCAGUUGAAGAUCAUGCUAAAAACAGUGUAGCCUUCUUUGGAGCUAAGGAUAGUAACAAUAAAGAAAUACGGCUGGUUGAGACAACAGUUAAAGGGUACGAUUAUGUCAGGUUUUGGCGUGCGGAACUCAAAGAGCCUGUUAAUGCUGGCGCUUCAGCAACAAUCACCGUAGAAUCCGUCUUCACCAAAGCUCUUCAACCUUAUCCGACAGCUAUAACACAACAAGAAGAUCAACUAAUCAAAUACGUCGGUAACUUGUUCUCAUAUUCACCUUACUAUGUCGUAUCCCAGAAAACCAACGUAGUUGUGAAUACAAAAAACGUUGAAUCGUUCACUAAAGUUAAGCCAUUCUCUCAACAAGAUGGUUCUAUACAAUACGGCGCCUACGCUAACACGAAACCGUUUAGUGAAAAGGAAUUAGUCAUUCAUUAUAAGAACAACUCCCCCUUCUUAACUGUGACCCGCGUGGAGAGACUUAUUGAAGUAUCGCACUGGGGCAACAUCGCAGUAGAAGAGGUUAUAGAAAUUGAGCACACAGGAGCAAAACUAAAAGGACCAUUCUCACGAUAUGACUAUCAACAGGACCACCACAGUGGACCUGCAAGUGUUAGAUCUUAUAAGACUCUGUUGCCUGCAUCUGCCUCAGAUGUAUAUUACAGAGAUACCAAUGGCAACAUUUCAACAUCAAACAUGAAGGUGAAAAAAGAUUCUGUAGAGUUAGAUCUGAGACCCAGAUACCCACUAUUUGGUGGAUGGAGAACUCACUACACUCUUGGCUACAAUGUGCCAAGCUAUGAAUACUUGUACCAAUCAGGCAAUGAAUACUUACUCAAGAUGAGAGUAAUUGAUCACAUCUAUGAUGACAUGCAAGUUGAUGAGUUAGUUACAAAGAUCAUUUUGCCUGAGGGAUCAACAAAUAUAAAACUUAACCUGCCCUAUGCAGUGACCAGGCUGCCAGACAGUCUACACUAUACAUACUUAGAUACUAAGGGACGUCCAGUAAUAUCUUUCUUAAAGAAAAAUAUAGUUGAAAACCAUAUUCAAGAUUUCCAACUACGCUACACAUUCCCACGUCUCCUUAUGUUACAGGAGCCUUUACUUGUUGUAGGGUUCCUCUAUGCUUUAUUCCUAUGUGUAAUUAUCUAUGUAAGAUUAGAUUUCUCUAUCCAUAAGGCUGAUCAUCACCAUAAAGAUUAA